AUCGCCAUAGCUAUUUUCAGCUGUUACGAUUCAGCUCGUACCUUCAACGGUGGAUUGGCCCUAGUACACUGUAAUUGGUCCCAUACAGCUGGCAUAUUGACGCGCAGAGCAAUGGCGGAGGAAAGAGAGGCAUAUUUUGAUUGGAUUGAGUACGUGCAGUCUGUAGCGGAGUGUGCAGCGAUGGAGGAAAAGGUACAGAGUGCCAUGGACAAAGCUAAGGUGAAAAUUUCCUGUUGAUUUCCUGCUGGGAGCUGCUGGUUUGUACUGGUUUCUUAUGGAACCAGCAAGUAACCUGCUGGUUUCCUGCUGGUUGUGCUGUUCCGGCAGGGCUCGCAAACUUGAAUACAUGCAUGAAAUAGGUGAGGCUUUGAAAGAGACAAAGAAGAUAAAUGCUCAGAUUGCCUUCUCCAAACAGCUUUUGGAAAACGCCAACAAGCUUGAGGAAAUGACUAAAGAGAGCAACUUGGAUCAUCUGAAGGAUGUUCUAGCUGAACAGAACAGGCAACACUGCAAUGCUGGCGUUGUGGCCAUCAGAGAUGCCAAGUCCUCCAGUAAAGAUGAGCUGGACUCAAGUCUAUUGGCAAUGGCUGCGAAGAGCGAAUCUCUAAAGCCCCUGGCUCUAGCUGACGCUUGCAAGGCAGAGCUAGAGUUUGCUAAAUUGACCCAGGACGCUGAAAAGGAACUAGUCAAGAUUUCUUCAUUGAAAAAGGAAGUGGAAGAAAGAGUCAAGGCACUGGAAUUUUUAAAAUCAGUUCAAGACUUAACUUCAGAUUCUCAGUAUGACGCUGCUCUGGAUCUUCAAAGUUUGAACCUCUCAUGAUCCUGGGACUCAAGAUGCAAGAAUAACUAUUUGAUGCCUAAUUUACUUUGUAAGUGAACUAAUAAAGAAGGUUUGUCACUGGA